UUGAAAAGCCAAUAGUAAGGACACUGUUGCCUUGGCCCAAAAUAUGCUCCAGCAAUGUCAUUCUCUGACAAAUUCUCUGCGGUGAUUGUCACACUGUCUGAAGGGAAAUCUUUCGAUAGCCCAAGUCUAAAGGAUCCUUUGCGUGGGGCGAACGGAGGCUCACGUCCUAACCUGGAGUGCCAAGUCCAAAAUAGCGGAACCACCCCAGCGUAUUCGAUCGAGCUCCAGACAGUAAACCAGAUUCAGAAAUUUCCCGGUAAGCCAUGGCUCUGCCGCGUCACCAGUUUCUCCAUGGAGCUGUGAACUGGGACGGAGCGCGCUUGAGUCCUGUCCAGGUUUCUCAUGUCAGCGCGUGCCCCAUCAGCGCUUCAGGUCGAAAAGAGGACCCCUUCUAUUUUUCUCUGGACCCAACAGGGCAAGCCAGACAGCCUCUCGACAUCUCCGCCUUCAGCAGAUUCAUGACAGAUAUGGGCUCUCUGAACGGCACUGACGACAACCAUCGUCCAGAACCGUCUUUUUACUCCGAACACAAACUCUUAUCUCCCAAUACCGACACGGAUCCAGAGAGUCCGUCGCACUCUUCCCACUCAGACUCCCAACAGUUGCACAGUCUGUCUUUCUCCGCGCCUUCCUGUUCAGAAACCGACAAUAAGCCCUAUACGCAUUAUUUAACGACGGAAAGCACUAAAUACCCAAGCCAGUGGAGUGAAAGCAGAACCACCGGGAGCAUCAUCACCACACUGAGCAUCAGUCAAAGGAGUAGAAACGACACAGAGCCAAAUAAUCUCCAGACAGACUUUACCGGGAGCGAUAAAACUCACAGAAAGGGAACGCAAGACGUGACUUUAGAAAACGCUGCAAAUGGCUGGCUGUCGGCGAAAGCAGGGAGGAAGAAGCGAUGUCCUUACAGCAAACACCAAAUCUUAGAGCUGGAAAAAGAAUUCCUAUUCAACAUGUACCUGACUCGCGAGCGCCGCCUGGAGAUUAGCCGGAGCAUAAAUCUCACCGACCGCCAGGUUAAGAUUUGGUUUCAGAAUCGCAGGAUGAAACUGAAAAAAAUGACUCGAGAGCACCAGACAAGGGACCCUGGCACAAGUUUCACUUUCUAGUUUGCUAUGUAAGACGGUUAAAAAUACCUAACUCGGCGCACAAAUCAUUGCAGCUAUCAUCCGGUGCAAGUGGAUUGAUGCAACUGCUGCUUCUGAUGAAUUAACGGGAGGAAACGAUCAGUCAAAUCUUACUACGGUGUUUCACAAUAUGUGUUCAAUAAGGCAAAUGUAAUGUACAUAAAUGUAAUACCUUGCAUGAAGAUGAACAGAAAAUUGUAACGAAAUAAGAAGAGACGUUUUUGACUGUUCGAUGUAGCCUAAGCUUGUCGUAUUCACACAAGGCCCAUGGACAAUGUUUAUUGAUGUCGUUUAAGUUCUGGUCAACUUUCCAGCGACGUA